CACACACGCAGACACACACACACACACACACACACACACUCAGUCACUCACACUAAUGUUUCUCAUUAUAAACUGGUCUAAGCUAGACUCAUCCCGCUUCUGCAUAACCAUAGUUUAAGACCCUAGGUGCUAUAAAAUGGAAGCAAAAUUCAGCAAGAAAGCGAAAAACGACAACAGGGUCAAGCAGAAGAAGCAACAGACUGAUAAACUGCAAACAAGAGGAGACAAAGAUGGCCCAGAAAAGAACCAGCGGAGGCAAACUCGUCAUUGCAGUGAUGUGCCUGGUAGCGAUGUGCAGAGCCGUGCCCAUCAACGACCUGCUAGACCGGGCCUCACAGCGCUCUGACAAAAUGCACUCUCUGAGCACGACGCUCACUCAGGAGAUGGACUCUCACUUCCCUCCAUAUGGCAGGAUGCAAAUGCCCCGUCCUGCCGAGUGCCACACCUCUUCUCUGCAGACGCCCAACGACAAAGAGCAAGCUCUGCAAGUACCGGAGUCAACCCUGAUGUCCCUGGCCCGCUCCCUGCUCCAAGCCUGGGCCGAUCCCCUGGUGAUCCUGUCCAACAGCGCCAUCACUCUGCCUCACCCAUCCAAAAGCACCAUAUCAAGCAAGAUCCAGGAGCUGCAGGAGCACUCUAACAGCCUGGCCGACGGCCUGAAGAUACUGUCCGACAAGAUGGGUAGCGAUGCUCAGGCCAUCUCCUUCCUGCCCUACACCGGAGGUACUGACCUGGGCCACGACCGGGUAACCAUCCUAAACAAGUUCAACUUCCUGCUGUCCUGCCUUCGUCGCGACUCGCACAAGAUCGACAGCUUCUUGAAAGUCCUCCGCUGUCGCGCGGGGAAGUUGCAGCCCGAGUUGUGCUGAGGCCAGCACGACUCUGUGGGGGAGGUCUGCUUAUGCUGCCUACCAGCUUGGGACUAGCAAAUGAUGUCCUCGGCAUCAUCCAAGUCUCUAAUUAGUAGGCAGCAUACGUUUUCAGAGGAGGGAGAUAGGGAGGAGUUAUAUGGAAGACAGAAGACUACUCAGCUACUCAAAAUGCUGACUGUCCUGAUUAGUUUCUCACGGUAAAUUGUAGGAAUCUAACAACAAAACAAUAAAAUGUAGGUUUGCUUAUAUUGACAACUGCAGUCAGCUGGGUCAUUGCUGCCUUUUUUCUAGAGAAUUAUUCCAGCUGGUCUGGCAUUACAAAUUGGCCAUCCUCCCAUAAUCUAACUCAGCAACUUCUGCAUCAUCCAUAACUGGCCUCCUCAUCUUUCCUUUCUCUGAAACAGUUCUCUCCUCAAAGUCAAGCUCCCCAACAGGAGAUUUGCUGAAUUAGGCAGGAAUCCAAGUAUUUUUUUUCCUUCUUCCUCAGUAAUAUUCUGCAGCAUUUGCACUUUAGAUUUAUUCCCACCUUCAAUGCAGUGCCUGUGACUGAAUUGUUUCCUCAGAAUCUGUUUAUCAAUAAACGUUAUUUCUUGCACACUGAA